AGGGAAUUUAGGGAAUUUGCCUUGUCGUCGUCGUCGACUUCGCUAGAACGCACAUAUUUCUAUCUCUAAUGAAGCCGUUACAGUGCACUUAAAAUUUUAAGGCCAAAUAACUAGGAAACGAGGUGGUGACGUCACUGAUUUUUCACCGCGUGGGUAACUAGGGACCACCAGGAACCAAUUUGGGUAAGUUUGCCAAACCCGGGUCCCCAAAUCCGUUUCGGAAUGGACGGGUUGAUGACUUCAUCAAAAAACCUUCAAACCCUAAUAUGUCUACAACCGUUUAUCAAAAGUACAUGAUCCUAUACAUUUUCUUGAUCAGAGUUUCAAGAUCUAUGCGAUGAAGGAAACAGGUAGAGAAAUUUCCAAAAAACAAUUAAGGUUUUGACGGGCCAUUGCAAAAUUUUUAAGCCCUUAUAUCUCAUUAACCGCUCAUCAAAGGCACAUGAUCAUAUACAUUUUCUUGAUCAGCGCUUUAAGCUCUACACAAUAGAGGCAACGUGAAACAAGCUUCCAAAUUAUUUUUUUUGUGGAUGGGUUGCUGACGUCAUCAAAAUUCAAAUAAGACUUCUUUUUCGUUUUUAUGCUGCCUCAGUGGAUUUUUCCACGGGCCUUCUUAUGUCGACUAGUACGAUGGCCCUGAGGUGUCACUGGGUCCUUCCCAAUUUUCACUCAGACCUUCCCAAUUUUUAACUCAGACCUUCCCAAUUUUUAACUCAGACCAUCUCAUUUUCAACCAGACCUUCUUUGAUUUCACAGCGCCGAGGACCUACAAAAACUUUCAAAGUUAGACCCAGACCGUUCGAAUGGCGGAACACGCUGGAGGAGAAUCGCGAUGCAAAAAUGGUAGACAUACAAAUAUAAACACACGUGAAGGGAACGGCAGAAAGGGAUUUUUAGCUAAUAGAUAAUGGUUGGUGAAAAUAAGAGGAAAACAGAAACAAAAUUAAGUGGUUUAAUACUUAAAAUCAGGAGGAAGGGAGAAAAUGAACGAAAAGUUGAAGAAAGGAAGGUAUUUUUUUACUCUAAUCUGAGUAUACUACCAAGCUUUUGGUAUUUGCAUGUCGUCAUGAAUUUAUAGCACAAGUCAAGUAGGUUCAUGUUCGGUGGAAAAGAUUUGAUGUUGAAAAAGGCCGUGCUGUUAUUGUGUCUCAAAAAAAACGGUGGUGGUUAUAGGUUCAUAAUGAUGGAGGACAACAUACUGUUAUCCGCAAUUAAGGAACGAGCAGAGAGAUUUUUCUUUUCAAAUGAAGGAAAAUGUUAUUUCGGAGAAACAAUCGAUGAAUGUUUUACAUCUCUGACUAACUCUGCUGAUGAACCACUUGACGAAAAUUUGUCCUUAACAGACUAUUUAAACAACAAUGGUUUGUAUUUGUCAAAGAUGUACCUUGUUUUGAAUACCAGAAAACGAGAAUGCAAGUCCUCCAAGUAAUUCUAUGUUAGUUUCCAUUCCUAAUUUGGAUUUUGGAAAUGACUUUUUGGUUGCAGAAGAAGAUGAUCAGCAGAUUGUUGACGUUCCUGAAACUGUACCAAAUCCUGGUUUCCAUGGUGAUAACAUAGUCAAUUUGGAAUCUGGAAUUGUACCUGACCAUCAAAACGAUAAUAAUCCCAAUUUUGAAUUUGAAGCUGGUACAAAUCAUCAUGAUAAUUCUGUCAUCAAUUUGGUAUUUGAAGGUAACCCUAACCAAGUUGAUAACCUCGUAGAUACAACUGUGGAUUUGUCAUCCCACGCUAGCUCUAGCCACGCUAACUUGGAACCAGAUAGCAACGAAGUAAAUUUGGUUCUUUCUGAUGAAAUUAAAACUAUCAAAGUUCAUAGGUUGCGCUUGAAGGAAGAUAUGAUCAACGGCUUCAAACAAAUAAUGGAAAACGAUAAAAUAAAGUUCACAAUUAUUGAUCCACGAGGAGAAGAAGAAAGUGGCGUUGGUAUUGGAGUUGACAGAGAUUUGUAUACAUCUUUUUGGAUGGAGGUUGCUGAUUCUCUCUGUAUUGGAACAUCUGAAAGGGUACCUUUCAUAAGUCAUGAUUUGUACUUUGAGGAAUGGGAAUCAAUUGGAAAAAUACUGAAACAUGGAUACACCAAAACUGGAUAUUUUCCAAUUUUUUUAGCCAAAGCUUUUGUUACGUAUUGUUUAUUUGGGGACACACCGCUCUCUAAUGAUCUGCUCAUGGAAUCUUUUUUAAACUUUGUGUCACCAAUGGAUGCAUCAUUAUUAAAAGAAGCCCUGAAAACCACUAAUCAUGGAAUACACAAGGACAAGGAUUUCAUAGAUCUUCUAGACCGCUACAACUGUAGAUCCAGUGUUAAUCCACUCAAUGUUUAUGGAGUUGUUCUUGAACUUGCACAGCAAGAAAUAAUACAAAAACCGUUCAUCAUGGUUUGCAGUUGGGCGAAAACACUACAAUGUUUGAAAGAAUAUGAAGAAUUUUCAUCAAUAUAUUUCUUGAAAAACUUUUACGAUGCUGUUACACUUUCUACCAAAAAAGUUAUAAAACUAUUCGUUGCAGAUCCGAAGACAGAAGGUCAACGAUGUUGUUACAAAUAUGUGCUUCAAUAUGUUCGUGGGCUUGACAAUACUGAUCUUGUGAAAUUGUUGCAAUUUUUGACAGGCUCAGACAUAAUUUUAUGUAGAAAAAUAGAUGUGUCAUUUGUUGAAACGGGUGAAAAUGCUGCCAGAAAACCAAUUGCGCAUACGUGUGCUCUUUUUGGAACUGCCGUAUUCGUACCGCAAUUUUUGUGAACUCCGGGAAGAAUUCCAGAAUAUCUUGCGAGUGGAUAGCUGGGGAACUGAUUUUACUUGAUAUCAUAUACUGUAUGUAUUUACCUGAUAUUUUUAUAUAGUUUUAAAUUACGUUCUUUUUUUGCUUAAUUCAGAAACCUUCAGAAAUAGUUGAGAACAAAACGUUAUAUAAACAUGACAGUGCACAUAUUUUAUUUUGCUAUUAGGAGUGUGUUUGAAAUUCGAUCAUGUUAUCAUUUUAUACAAAGGCAGUUACAGCAGUGAACUUGACGAUUUCUAUUUGGACACUUCACAUAGAAACUAUUUUAUUAAAAUUUUGUUAUAUAUAAACUUGGAGAUUUUUACUUGGAUAUUUUAUAUGAGUUAGAGUUUUGUUCUAUUUAAACUUGGAGAUUUUUACUUGGAUAUUUUAUAUGAGUUAGAGUUUUGUUCUAUA